AUGAGCGGCGCUACCAAUGAUGAAAAGCACCCCCAAAUCCGUCCUCCGGCGGCCGCCGCACGGCUAGCGGGUCAAAGCACCAGGAACCAACGUGCAUGGCCAAUCUUGCAUCACUGCAUCACUGAUGGUCAAGUCAAAACACCUGGGAUGGACCGUCAAAGGAUAAAAACGACGGACUGUGCAACGACCAUUCGGCGGAAGCCAUUCACACCACUUUCGUGGAUGUUUAAGCUCGCUGCCCAAUUGCCGGCGUCCGGGGCACCUCCUAGUGCACUCGUAGGGUCCACUAUCACGCCCCUCUACCAUUCUCGUGGGCACCUUCCAUGCAUCUGUCGCCCAUUAUCGGAGGCUCAGGCGCUGCUGCUUUCACCUCCGCGCUCGCUCUCGCCAAGGGCAUUGUUUCUCACCAAGCCAUCCCUUUCCGUGGUCCCCGGUCCUGGCGAAGAGCUACCCCAUAUUUUUGAGCUGUUGCUCUGUCAAUCAUCCUCACACCUCCUUCUCGCGCGCCCCUUGGAUCCCUUCGAAGACCCCAUCGUGGCUGCGCUCGGAAUUUGCAAUUUUCCCCAGAAACACAUCGAGUACACAAGGGCUACAUCCUCUUCACAAGCCCGUGACCAUACCUUUAACAGAUUUUACCAGGACCAUAGUCGGUUACCCUCCCUCUCUUAUCUUCGACCGUCUGAGAGCCGGAGCAUUCAAGAGGGAGGGAAAGAUCGUCCAUGUUACGCUCCACGAAAUCUAUCCCUCGGUGGAGUGCAGGAGCAUAUGUCGAAACGGCCACAUGCAUCAGACUUUCCGUCCGGCAGUCCGUCCCGCCGCGUACGCAAAACUGUCGCGACAGCCGAGUUAUCUCCCCGUAGCCGCAAUGAUGGGACAAUUGAACUCCUAGAACCACCACCAACUAGGGACAGUGGCCCUGCACCGCAGCCAGGGAGGACUGGCUCCCCAGAUCCUGCAUGGAGAACGCCAACCACCCGAUCCAUAGGGAUGCAUGCCAUUCUUAAUCCUUCCCACACCCUGGCUACGGGACAUUCUGUCCAGCAGGCCAAUCGCGAUAUUGUCGGAGCUACGCCAUCGACAUCCCCUUCUCCAUCGACUAAUCCGCACGUAACGCCAUCCUCUGCGGGAUUAACACCCCAAUCGGACCGUUCAAUAUCACAACAUGAUCGCACGAUAUAUUCCCCCCUUCCUCAACGUCAUAUACUUACGGCAAAAUCGCCUGGAGCCCGCGCUGCAAGUAUUGGGGCUUCUUACGGCCCCGCCCGCGGAACUAUGCCUGUGGAGAACAAUCCAUUCCUUCCUACCCAACAACUAUACGGAGACCCCACCAUGCGGCCAACAAUGGAGGCUCCUCUGUCAAUGCGAUAUUCCAUAUCUCAUCCAUCUAUUCCUCCGACUACACUCCCUAUUGAUCCGCGGCCCAUAACUGGACGACAAUCAUCUGGCCCCCAGACGACAGCCCCUGGUACAUCCAAUACAGCAUAUAGUCCUUUAAUCCAAGGUUCGCAUGCUCCGGCAUCUACCAAUUUGCUUCAACAGCCGGUUGCUCCACUGUCUCAGUCUGCAGGAAUCUCAUUUACUGGUGAAGAAAACCGAAGUAGAACGCCACACGAGGGCGGGUCUAGUUACGCGUUUGUUGGCGGACAGAAUAAGUUUGCUUCACCCAGGGAUAUUCAGUCACGAUUGAGCGUGCCAGUGGAUUUUGAUUCUGGGUCACGAAAGGCAGCAGAGAAACGACUAAAGAAUAGCGAUGCUUCCAAGAGGUUCAGGGAGAGAAAAAAGGUUAAUGAGAAGGAAAUGAAACAGGAGGUAGAAAGACAAAAGGACGACAUCAAGUUCUUGACUGAAGAGAGAGACUUCUACCGCGCGGAGCGGGACUUUUUCAGAACCCUUUACGACAGAGAGAUUGGCUUACAUCGUAUCCCACCGAGACCCACGUCCCCCCGGCUCCGCCAGUCGUCUGCCCCGGUUUCUGAAUCGGAAAGUGAACAGCCGUUGCAAGAUCGCCUGGAGCAACCAGGCGGUGAGAGACAUGUACGCCAGAGGACAAGUUCUGCGCCAACUAGGCUGCCUUUACCUCCCAUGUCACCGGCCCAAUCGAACCCGUACCCCUCCUCAUGGAGCACCUCAGCUUCAGUUACGCCAAUUUCUCAGGCAGCGCGAUCCGGUCCGCAGUCCCACUAUCCCGCGGCUUGCGUUCCUCCUGAUGCUUCCUUGCCUCCUAUACAAUCCCCGAGAGAGCCGCCGGAGAGGAGCUGGAAUACUGGUUCUUAG